AUGCAAUGUUUAUGCGAAGUGGAGCAGUGGUCGAAUAGAUUCUCAACUAUGCAAGAAUCAAGAGGCUGUUGGUCUCCCAUCGGAGCCCCGCUGUCUGGCAGCCAGGCCCCUCUCCCCGCGCGCCCCCGAGCCGUCGCCUGCAAUCCGCGAUACCUACAGCGCACUCACCUCGCAAUACCAGAGACCCUACAAUGCUAUCGCCAGACUAAGGCACCCGUAUACUCGAAGCUGAAUAUUGACAUCGAAUAA